GUCGGAUUCAUGUCAAAGAAAUAAUGAACAAUUCAGUUAUUACUUUCAUAAAUGCGUCAAAAGCUCGCUUAAAUUUUACCCACGUAUAAAAUACACAGAAAAGCAUUAUUCUUCCGAAUAUAGUCGCUACAUCAGACAAUAUAGAUGACACAUUUUGUAAGGUAGAGGCAGUAGGAGUAUUUUGUAACAUCAUUUAAUGGUUUAAACAACUCCUAACGAACACAACACAACGAUUUCAAGUAAAUGAACAACAGCGUAUAUUUCAGUGCUCAUAUAUCGCUGUUGUGACCUAGUAAAUUGUAGUUGAUUUAUGCUAACCUAGUGGUCAGAAAUCACACAGGCCACUGAAAUGACAACUUAAAAAAGUGAAUCAAUUAAUACAUAUAUAUGCCCUAAUCAAAGACAUAUAUUAAAUGUUUGGAAAUUGUAGUUGAAUUAUAUUAGUCUAGUAUGUAAAAAAGGCAUAAAUCCAAUUUAAUCUAAAAAUAAAUGUAUCAAAAUUAUUGCUAAUUUAUAUUCACUUCCUAGAAAUUCUUAUACAUCUCAAUGUACAUUAAACAUCGCUAAUGCAUCCAAAAAGCAUGCGAAUUAUCACACUACACUUACAACAAAAAAUUAACGCGCUAUUAUAUUAUAGCAAAUCUUUAAAUAGACUGCCUGUUAAUUUUCGUGUGAAAUAAAAAACUACUGCUUUGACUUAUAUUAAAGACAAAACAGAAGCCAACCAGCCAACAGCCAAUCAAAAACCGACAAUUUCUAUAUUUUCCGUGAUACACUAACAAAGACAGACACACGCACUUAUACACAUACAUUUACGAGGGUGACCAAUGGCAUUCGAAUACAGUCAAACGCAUAAACUGACCUAUAAUCUGUUAUUGUCACUUCGACGAUGAUAAUAUAUGGGGCCAAUUUACUUCCUAUUAAUGUCACACAUGCAACUAAAAAUGCCCUGAGAGAAUAAAUAAACCAACCUGUGUGACUCAUUCAUCCACAAAUAAAUUUUUUAUGUGGGUUGAAGCUUAUUGACCAGUCACUAGAGUCGAUGAAAACAUCAGUGGUCAAUGUUAAUUGUUGCGUCACAUUUUGUUCAUGUGAAUUCAAGUCAUCCAGUACGCGCUCACUUUAAAACUACACCAUGCAGACGGCACUCAGUACUGUAAAUCGUAUUAUCACUCAAAUGACAAGUGAUGCUUCAUUUAACCGAAUUUUCAAAGGCAUUCAAGCUGUUUCAGUAACAGACAAGUGUUUAACGUGUCGAUUCAAGGUGAACAAAUCUGAAGCUAAUUCACUAAACACUUUGCAUGGUGGCUUUAUCCUUGGAGCUGUUGAUUUUAUUUCUACAGUUGAUUUAAUAAGACUAGGACAUACGAAACAUGUGAGUGUAAAUCUUGAAACAUCAUUUAUUAGUCCAGGAAAACUAGACUCGUGGAUAGUAUCGAAUUCUUUUGUGCUAAAGACAGGUAAACGUUUAGCAUUCUGUGAAGUCAAGUUCAUGGACGAAGAGUCCGGAGAACUUAUUGCACGUGGAAGUCAUACAAAAUAUCUCAUAGAGGAGAAGUAGCCUAUGUUUGGAUGGCUAAUAUUCUGUGAUUCCAUAACUACUAGAUAAUAUUUAUUGUAAUUAUUACUGUUAUCGUUUGAAAUAGAUGUUUGCAUAUUAA